AGAGCGGCGGCUCCGGUGGACGGAGCCCCGCGGGCACCAUGAGCGGUUCACAGACCAACGACACCAAAAGACAAUUUCUUCUGGAACGGCUGCUGGAUGCAGUUAAACAGUGUCAAAUACGAUUUGGAGGAAGAAAAGAAAUUGCUUCAGACUCAGAUAGCAGAGUGACCUGUUUGUGUGCUCAGUUUGAAGCUGUGUUCCAGCAUGGCCUGAGGAGGAGCCGGGGAUUGGCACUGACAGCAGCAGCAAUCAAACAGGCAGCAGGUUUCUCCAGCAAAACUGAAACAGAGCCAGUGUUCUGGUAUUAUGUGAAAGAGGUGCUGAACAGACACGAGCUGCAGCGCUUCUACUCUCUGAGGGCCAUCACCACCGACAUCGGCAGAGGCCGGGCUUGGCUGCGCUGUGCUUUGAAUGAGCAUUCCCUGGAGAGAUACGUGCACAUGCUGCUGGCAGAUAAGAGUCGCCUCAGUGUCUUCUAUGAAGACUGGUCUUUUAUGAUGGAUGAAGAACGUUCUAGCAUGAUCCCUACAAUGGCAGCUGGUCUGAACUCCAUUCUUUUUGCUAUCAACAUUGAUAAUAAGGAUUUAAAUGGGCAGAGCAAAUGCACACCCACUGUGUCAGAUUUGUUGAAGGAAUCCACACAAAAUGUGACCUCCUUAUUGAAGGAGUCCACUCAGGGCGUCAGCAGCCUCCUGCGGGAGAUCACUGCCUCGUCUGCCGUCUCCAUUCUCAUCAAACCCGAGCAGGACUCUGACCCUCUGCCUGUUCUGCCCAGGAAUGUCAGUGCUGAUUUGAAAUACAAAAAAGAUCGAAAAAAGAAGAAGAGGGUGACUAAUAUUAUCUCAUUUGAUGAAGAGGAAGAUGAGCAAAACUUGGGGGAUUGCACAAAGACUCUGAUGACAGGAGAAAGUUCAGAGGAGAGUGUGGACAGAUCUUCAGUUCUUGCAUUGUCUUCAUCUGAAAGCACUCUGGGAAAAAAUCUGAAUGGGAGUGAAAGUAACCAUUCGUGGAAGAACAAUUCAGUAUUCAUGAAUGGAGAGUAUGAGUACCAGAAACUGGAUGUGAAGAGCAUUGAUGAUGAAGAUGCAGAUGAGGAUGAGCUGUAUGGAAAAUCAUUAGGAAAUAAAGGCACAGAAGGUGGAACUGAAGCUUCUGAGAAGCCUCGGGAAAUAGUCACAUGCAAUUCUCAGAUAUGCAGCUGGAGUCCUCUGCAGGUCCUGAAUGAUGACUCAGAUGUUCUAUUUCCUGUCAGUGCUGUUGGCUCUUACUCCCAAACAGAUAACUUGGAGAAUGGAGAGGGGCAUGAACAUGCUGUUCAUCCAGUAGAACUGGUUCCAAGGAGAUCUGAUCUUCCUUACAGAGUGGAAGUCAGUCCUCCAGCUCAAGUGAAUACUUUAAGCAGUAUGUUGCCUUCAGCCACUGUGCCAGAAUCCAUGACAAUUAAUGAACUUCGUCAAGCUAUCGUGGCCAUGAUGAAUAGAAAGGAUGAGCUGGAAGAACAGAAUAGAUCCCUGAGGAACCUGCUGGAUGCAGAGAUGGAGCAUUCUGCAGCUCUGAGGCAGGAGGUGGAGAACUGCAGGAGGAAGGUGGCAGAGCAGGAGGAGCGACAUGCCACCAAAGUCCAGGCUUUGGCACGAGAAAAUGAGGUGCUAAAAGUGCAGCUUAAGAAGUAUGUAGGAGCUGUCCAGAUGCUCAGAAGAGAAGGUCAAACAGUGGAAGUUCUGCCAAACAUUUGGAGCACUGAUGGUGAAUUUACAAUUCCAGAGCAAAAGCAAGCAGAAAAUAAUGAGGAACUGGCCAGCUCUUAUGAAAGGAAGUUGAUUGAGGUGGCUGAAAUGCAUGGGGAGCUGAUUGAAUUCAAUGAGAGGCUGCACCGUGCUCUGAUGGCCAAGGAAGCUCUGGUGUUCCAGAUGAGACAAGAACUCAUUGAUCUGAGAGGGCCAGUCCCUGGAGAUUUAAGUCAAACAUCUGAAGAUCAGAGUUUAUCAGAUUUUGAAAUAUCAAAUCGUGCUCUCAUUAAUGUUUGGAUUCCCUCAGUCUUCCUGCGUGGCAAAGCUGCCAAUGCAUUCCAUGUUUACCAGGUUUAUAUCAGGAUAAAGGAUGAUGAGUGGAAUGUCUAUCGAAGGUAUGCAGAGUUCAGAAGCUUGCAUCAGAAAUUACAGAAUAAGUACCAGCAAGUGAGGACUUUUAACUUCCCACCAAAAAAGGCUAUUGGAAACAAGGAUGCAAAGUUUGUGGAAGAGCGACGCAAGCAGCUACAAAAUUACCUAAGGAAUGUAAUGAACAAAAUUAUUCAAACUGUGCCAGAAUUCACAGCCAAUCCCAAAAAAGAGACACUUAUUCAGCUGAUGCCGUUUUUUCUUGAUAUCCCAGCCUCUGGAGAAGCAGUGAGCAAAAGCAAUCGCUCCAGAGUGAGCACGCGCUUCCCCAAACUGUCCCGCGGCCACCCCCGGGAGCCCCGGAGCCUGGAGCCUCAGAGCGGGGACCUCUGACCCUGCCUGCCCUUGGCACCACGGGCAGCACGUCCUGGCAGUUGUUCUGUCAUUCCUUCCUAGCCUAUAUUUAUAAUUUAAGCUCCUGAAGAGACUACAGCUGCAUCAACUUAAAUCCUGAAAAGAGACAUUCAUUACCAAGGGUCAUAUCCUGAUUAACUACUUUGGAAGGCAGCAAUCACUUUCUCCAAGAAUACGAGGGCUCUUCACGAGAGCUCAGCAAACUGCUCGGCGUUUCCUUUGUUUUGUAAAGCUGCACUGCACAAAUUCUCCUUUGUUCCUCUGAAGUCCUUCUGUCACAAUGAAUUCCUUGUUUGUAUUAUGUUGUCCCUUUUCCAUGUACAGUUUUCUGUUCCAGAGAGACGUGGGCUUCAUGUCAAGACAAUUUUUUUUUCUCCUUAGAAGAACCUUCAUGAUUAUCACUACUUAAUGUCAGAAGGAUGUACUUAAAAGAACCUCACUAAUUUAUUACCUUUUGUAAAUAGAA